AUGCUAGUGCGUCGAGCGAGAAGUCCAGAGAUUCAAGUAUGACCUGGCUGACACGUGGCGCUCUUUGAAGAUAUAUGACCUGCUUCUCUCCUUCCUUCUUUCCUUCUCUUCUUAGCUUUACUAAGGUCACCUAUCUUGGAGGAAAUUGAGUGUCUCUGAUGUCGGAGUUGCAUCAGUAAUUCAAUUCAACUUCCUUUGGUCUGUCCAUGGUUUGACUCCAAGGUCUCUUUCUCUUUCCCUUUCUGUGUUACAUCAAUGGCUGUUGAAGAAGGGAAGACCAGAGAAGGAGGUAGGGUUUCGUCUCCGGCGGAACACUCCACUGCCGCCGGAGAAAGAUGCUCUGGUUCGUGCUCUUCGUCGUCGACUGCUGUGCUUUCUAGUGAAUACUCCAAAUGUGGCACGGAUCGGAUGGUCAAGAUCGAGCUUGAUGCCGCCCGAGCUCUGGCGGAUUUUGCGCAGUUAGCGCUGCUAGAGAGAGAAAACCUUAAUGAUGACUCCGGCGGGAAAUGGGGGAAUAAAGGGAGGAGGUCGCGGAAGAGAUCUAAGAAUACUUCUCCAGCGAGGGACUCGGGGAAGGACUUGGAGAGCUCAGAAAUUCAGAGCUCCAAGUUGAGAUCUUUGGAUCUUUCCAAGCAGGAUGGUCUAAUGGUAGGUCAGAGCAAGCGUAGAAGGGCCUGUAAAGCUGUAGUGAUGAAUAUGGUAAAGGUUGAACAGGAAACCAAAUCAACUGAUCAACCUCCGUGCUCCACAAGUUAUGUGUCAUUUGGUGGUGGUAGGUCAAAGCAAAAUUUGACUGAGGCUGAGAAAGAAGCGCGGAGAAUACGCAGGAUUUUAGCAAAUAGAGAAUCUGCUAGGCAGACAAUUCGCCGUAGGCAGGCCUUCUGCGAGGAGUUGACCAAAAAAGCAGCAGAUCUAGCAUGUGAUAAUGAAAAUAUGAAACGGGAAAAGGAGUUGAUCACGAAAGAAUAUCAGUCACUGAAGGACAAAAAUGAACAAUUGAAAGCACAGAUGGUCAAGAUAAUAAAGGUCGAGGUUAAGGAAACUCCUGAAGAAACUUCUUCAACCCAUGGUGAUGCAUCGGCGUCUUCAUCUACAGAAUUGCCAUUACUCAUAUACAACAGACCAUUGUUUCCACCAUUUCUUUGGCCUACCAUCAUUCAUCCUUUAAACCCCAUGCAAAUGUCGGUUGUUCCUGAAAAUGCAACUGUACGGAAAUGUCCAAUGCCAAGUAACUAUGAGCUAGGUUCAUCAAAUGAACAAGGAAACCUCCCAAGUCUUAAUGGGUCAAGAGCCCCCUUCUAUAUAAUACCGUGCCCAUGGUUCCUCCCUCUUGCCGACCAUGGAAACCAACUCCAUUCUCAGCCCUUAGAUUCAUAUGGCUUGAAGGAAAAGCAAGAUGAGAACUCCAUUAACAACCAUCAGGAUGACGGGUCUUCUUCAAAAGUAAUGGGAGAUAUAGGUAACUACCACCAACCUUCAUCUAAAGAGUUAAAAACAGAUGUUGGUUCGUCUACAGAAGCAAACACCAACACCACUAACACUAAUCCUGGGUCCGCAGUUGCAUUACCAACUGAAGUUCAGCUCAUAGGACCUCAUCCUCAAGGAGUGGUUCUUACUCCUGUGCCCCUUAGAUCAGUCAAACCCAAUUUUACCGUGAAGUGUGAGGAUGAGUUUCAAACCGAUUCAGAUUCUGUAUUCCAAGUGGAGGCUGUUUCUUCUGCAGCUAGUUAUUUUGCAAGUCCUUUGCCUGAGAAGUUGCAGGGAGUUGGUGGGUACCCAAACAAGAAAAUGGUGGAUGUUGCUGUUGCGGCUGAGGCUAGAAAGAGGAGGAAGGAGCUAACAAAGUUAAAGAACCUCCAUGGUCGUCAAUUUCGGAUGCAUUGUUGAGCUCAGACGAAGUUUUGGUGAAAUUAAUUAACAAAAAUUGGUUUCUAAUGUUCGAGCCCAAUCUAUUCCAGGUCUCUGGAAAUCUUGAUGUUGGUUCAUUUUGCAGGGUAAUCUCUCAAGGAUCAUAAAAGUUUCCUCGAGUAUACAAGUACACUGAGUUAUGGUUGGCUAUAUCGUUUUGGAUCUGGUUUAAUUAGUAAAGCCUUUUAAGAGAUCCGGUGCCUCCAUUAGUGAGUACAUUGACAUGAUUGUAGUUUUUAGAGUUCCCUUGGGGUUUGAAAAGUUUAGAAUUUCAAGUUGUACAAUGAGGUUAUUAGUGAGAUGGUUUAUAGCU